AUGAAGCGCAAGCACGGCAGCGACUCUGGCAGCGACUCAGCGGCUGACUCGGCGGCCGACUCGGGCUCAGACUUCCAGCCGUCGCCUACCCCGGCACCUGUCAACAAGAAGCCGAACGUCAAACCAGACAUCAAGCCGGACAUCAAACCGAAGGUCACCAAGUCGCCUACCAAGCGUGCCAGCCCAUCAAAGGCCGGUGGUAGUGGCAAGCUCCCGCCUGGCUCGAAGGCGGCUCUGGCGUCGCUCAUCGUGCAGCGCGGCCUCGCAUCGCUUCCCAGCCACGCUGAGUGUGCCGAGAUUACGGGCAUGACGCCUGCGCAAGUGCGCAAUCAGCUGGAUCCGCGCAAGGGCGUGCGCAAGGAGCUGCAGAAGUUGGCGGAGACUCUGGAAUAG